GAAGCGGAGGCAGCGGCGUUGCUGCUGCUGCUGCUGCUGAGAAGAAGUCGUAUGCUUUCUGGGCUUCCAUUGCGCAGGGCUUCCCUUCUCUUCCCUUGAGCCCAGAGAAGCAGCAGCCAAGGGACCCAGAAAGUCCGGAGGGGAGAGCUCCCUCCUGCAGAGCCCCCCCAGCCCCAGCCCCAUCGCCAGCAUGGCAGGACUUUUGGCCAGAAUGCACACCCCUCUCUUUUGGGCGAUCCUGGCCGGGAUGGCCUCCCUCUUCCUCUUCCAAGGAGUGCCAGCCCGCGGCGGAGAUGCCACCUUCCCCAAGGCCAUGGACAACGUCACCGUCCGGCAAGGGGAGAGCGCCACCCUCAGGUGCAUAGUGGAUAACCGAGUGACCAGGGUAGCCUGGCUCAACCGCAGCAGCAUCCUUUAUGCUGGCAAUGACAAGUGGUGUUUGGAUCCCCGAGUGGAGCUUAUCGCCAACACCAAAACUCACUAUGCCAUCCGGAUAAAUGAUGUGGAUGUGUACGACGAAGGGCCCUAUACCUGUUCUGUGCAGACAGACAAUCAUCCAAAGACAUCACGGGUCCAUCUCAUUGUACAAGUACCUCCCAAGAUUGUUGAGAUCUCAUCAGACAUUUCCAUAAAUGAAGGUGGUAAUGUCAGUCUCACCUGCAUUGCUACAGGUAGACCAGACCCGACAAUCACUUGGAGACACAUCUCACCCAAAGCUGUGGGAUUCUUGAGUGAAGAUGAGUACCUGGAGAUCACCGGCAUCACGCGGGAACAGUCAGGGGAAUAUGAGUGUAGUGCAUCCAAUGAUGUCUCAACUCCUGUAGUGCGGAGGGUAAAAGUCACUGUGAACUAUCCACCAUACAUCUCAGAUACUAAGAACACUGGUGUGCCAGUAGGACAGAAGGGCAUCCUCCAAUGCGAAGCAUCUGCAGUUCCAUCAGCAGAGUUCCAGUGGUACAAAGAUGACAAAAGGCUCAUUGAAGGACAGAAAGGGUUGAAAGUUGAAAACAAGGCCUUCUUCUCCCGCUUGACUUUCUUCAACGUCUCUGAACAGGACUAUGGAAAUUAUACUUGUGUGGCCUACAACCAACUAGGAAACACUAAUGCCAGCAUUAUUCUGUACGCAGAGACAACUGCUGUCCAGACACCCUGGAAAGGGCCCGGAGCAGUGCAUGAUGGGAACAGUGGUGGGUCAAGAAGAGCUGUCUGUGUCUGGCUGCUUCCCUUCCUUCUCUUGCACCUGCUGCUCCAGUUUUGACCCUGUCAACUGUGGUAAUGAAAAGAAGAAGGAAAAAGUAAAGAAGACAAAGUAAAGAAGAAUAUUAAAAAAAAUAAUUAAAAAUAAUCAGAACAGUAAAGAGAGUAUAUUAUGAGGAAAUAUUGGGGAGAAAGAAAGGGAGUUUGAAAAAAACACACACACAAGAAGAGUCCAUAUUGUUCUGCUGAUGUAUCAACACAACUGAGUGCUGUUUUAUUUCUAUUUUCCCCGUUUUCCUCACAUGGACAAGUAUACAGCUGUUGGGGACCUACCAGUUCAUUUGGCUGAGUGUCCAUUGUUCCCCAUUUUUUCCCAUUAAACCUUGGCAAAAUAGCUGAGCCCUUCCUUCCUUCCUUCCUUCCUUCCUUCCUUCCUUCCCAUUUCCCUUCCUUUCCUCCCUCUGUCUUUCCUGACUUUCUUUCUCUGUGAAUCUGUCCAGAUCUCCUACAAGGAGGAUUACAAUAUUGUCCGCGUUGCACACAACACGUCAUGGCUUUCCUCCUCCAGUUCCCCUCCUCUUCACAGACUGCACAGUUAUCUCUUUAAUCACAAAAUACAACACAUCAACUACAGACAACAACCAUGCUGGCAAAAUCCAACCACAAGCUACAGCAAAGGGGAAGGAAAAACAACAACAACAACGCCUGAUUGUUCAGACAUGAAUUCAUUGUACUACAUGGAUAUCGUGGAUAAUAAGGGAUUCUGAUUCAUUAUUAAUUUUAUUAAUUAUAUUUUCUGAUAUGAGCCUAGAACUGUUAGUUCAUAAAAAAAAUACAAAAACGACAAAAAAACAAAAAAUGGGGAGGGGGGAGAGAAAGAAGUUUAUUAAGUAUUAAAAAAAACAAAUUGAAUAGCGGGAUUCUUAACUUGGAGGUGAACAGUCAAUAUCUCCAGUUGUUUGUGUGAUCUGUUUUAGAUGAGAGUUGAAAAAUGUCCAGACAAAGAAAGAGAAUGUGAAGAUGAACAAGCAACGAUUCCACCAGCACUAUCAAGUUUCCAUUUGUUGUUCUGGUGUUAAACGCAAGAAAGGAUUCCGCUGUUUUCAUACUGUUUGGAAGUACAAAGGUUGAUGCUCACCGUUGAGUUAGAUGGAUAUGCUUAUUCUUUUUUAUGAUAUAUAUAUAUAUAUAUACAUAUAUAUACACAGUAUAUAUACACACACACAAAUAUACAUACAUAUAUAUGUAUAUGUAUAUAAUAUUAUUAUUUGUUAGCAUUCUAGCAUAUUAUUUCUCAGCCGGGUCCUUCUUCUGACAUUAAUGCAUGCUGUAUAUGGAGUUAGCUGUGUAUUGGUCUUUUCAGACAAAAAGGGUAGAGUUUUAUUGGUAAUUGUGUAAUUAAUUCCUGACUCUUUUUUUCUUUUGCCCUUGGCCUUCCCGUGGGUUAUUUACAUGUUGAAGAUGUUUAUAAAAAAGAAGAGAAAAAGAAAAGAAAAAUAAUAAUACUUCUGUAGUGUCUCUUUACAGAUUUGGAUUUAUACAAGGGGGAAAAAUACUGGUGUUUGAAAUCAAUACACAUCCUUCAUUUUCCUUACUCUACACGGCUUCCGGUAGGAACACGACAAGGACACAAACAUGAAAUAAAAGAAGUUUUAAGUAAUAAUAAUGGCCAGAAUCCUUUAUCACAAUGUAUAUUAUACAAUUUUAUGUAAACUUAGCUAUGUUGCAGAGGGGAUAAGGAAAUCUGUUAGUGAGUUGCAAAGAUGAAUAAGGGACACCAGCAAGUGUGUCCCAAUGCAGAUCAGCACUCUCUAUUUAGGAUCCCAGUGCAGAAUGAGGCCGAUGUGCACAUGACUGUCGAUGUACAUUGAUCCCAAUGCACAUUGGUCCCCAUCAUCCACUUUGCUGGCUUCCCUAUGUAAUAUUGCAACAACAGCCCUUUACAGGAGAUGUAUGUUAUGGAACUGUCCAGUUCUUAUUCCCAAAGAUGCAAUUCUGCUGACAUAAAUGCAUAUUUCCAAAAUAAUUCCUGCUCCUAUACUUUUUUCUGUAAGAAGAAAAAAGAGAGGAAGAAAACCUUUUUCCACCCUCUAGCUAUGCGGGAAACCAACUUACAUCAGUUUUGUUCUCUUGUUUACAUAUGUGUCAUUGGACCAAGAGAAAUGCAUCUUGUUAAUGGAGCUUUGGAAUAGCCCAGCAAUUGGAUCCCUCCUUUGCUCUUGGUUUUUCUGCAGAUAAAUACUGGAGGUUGUCUCUAACUUGAAAUUUAAUAAUAAUAAUAAUAAUAAUAAUAAUAAUAAUAAUCUGCAUUGCUCUUCAGCCUGAUUGAAAUAUCUGAUUAUUAAGGUGGUUGGGGAGAGGGAUUUGUAUCUAUAGCUAAUUUACCAACAUCAGCCUUCCAUAAAAUGUCAAAUUUUGAUACAGGAGAGCUCCGGUUUGAGAAACCAGUGGAAGACCAUCACUUCUUCUGCUUCAACACCAUUAACUUCUUCAUACUGUACACAGAUUUGGGCAGUGAGUCCUAGUCCUUUCACAAAAUAUCAUUUAAUUUAAUUGUCGGUGAGAAUUGAAUUAAUAUUGUUGUUUUAAUGCAACAUGACAAGGGGAAAAACUGAAAUCCUCAAAUCUUAUGGCGCUUAUUAUAAAUAAGUAUGAUGGUGAGUUAAGAUGGGCUUCAAUAUUCAGCAAAUCAAAGUCUGUCUGUAUUUUAUUGGUGUGUAAUUUUUGGUCGCCACCAAACUUCAAAGUUUACUAUAAGUGAAAAAAAAUACAUUUUAUUGAACUUAGAAACUGUGAAUCUGUAAUGCAGCCAUUUUUUCCUCUAACUCUGUCCCUGUUUUACCUAUUUGUUCUUGAUAGAUUCUGGACAUCUUGUCCCUCCUGCAUCAUUUUCUUGAAUCCUUUCCCUUUGCUGUGCCUGAUUUCUUUCUAAUUCUGCUCUCUUUGGACUGACCUUCUAGCUUCAUGAGCUAUUAUCUCAGCCCUGAGUUUGAUAUUUAAUUUCCCAUCACCAUGGGUUUCAAUAUCAUGGUCACAUUGAGUUUUCUAACCCUGAACAGACAAUGUCUACUCAUAUCCCAGCUUGCUGUCUAGGAAACACUUCUUUAGAGAUGGAGAAGCCACACCUCCAGGUUUCAGAUAAAUAAAUACUUUCUAAAGGAUUUCACAGUUUUCCUUCAUAUAAGGAACCAGCAGAUUUAAACAGUUCUGCUAUUUUUACCAGUAGACCAUAGUCCAAUGAGAGGUAUAAUUACAGCCAGCAUUCUAUUAGUGGUGUACCUAAGUGCAAGGUAUAACUACAUUCUACCUGCUUGUGUCUUUUUGUGUUUUUGUCAUUACAGAGCUACCCCAGAAGCUAGGGGUUUUGAUGUGAUAGGCCUCAUGAAGGACUAGUCUAUGACUGAUAGAGAAUAUGUGAGAUCAGGGAAGCGUUUGGCUGUGUCUCUGUAGCCAAAGACAGAAUGGUCCCAUCAUCCACAUCCACUACUCAUGGGGCAUGACCAGAUGUAUGACUGAUUCUCUUUCCCCUACUCUCCACCAGUCACAUAAUGUCUGUAUGGCAUAACACAGUAAAAUCAUAA